AUGGCCCGCCGAACGACGGCAAAGGGCCCUCGUGCCCGCGCCAUUGCCUCCUCCUCUCUCGCCUCGUCCUCCGCCCGCCCCACGCCGGUUCCUUCGAGCGACGCGACCCCGGUCAGCUCGACCUACCCAUCUACUUAUGCCUCCGAGGCAGAACACGACUUGGAUGAUGACAUGUUGAAGAAGAUGCACGGAUUGACCAUCUCCGAUACGCCCGGCGAUUCUAUCACCGCGGCCGUGGUCAAGAAGGCCGAGCCAAAGAAGCCGUUCCGGUUUUUGGAUCUGCCACCCGAGCUCCGGAUCACCAUUUAUGGUUAUUAUUUUGCCGAUGUCGACCGUGUUCUCGACCUUGAUCCGGCAAAUUACAAGCGCAUCCACAAGAAGCUGGGCCUCAUGCGCACAUGCAAGACGAUUUACUAUGAGGCAACCCACAUGUUUUACAGCAGCCGUACUUUCCGGCUGUUCCCUACGCAUCCGGGCCGCUACUUCAAGACGAAGAAGCCUCUCCUUGCGCGCCUCAAACCACGUCAGCGUAACUGCUUGACAUCCCUAGAGUUGCGGCUCGGCCCCGGCUGGAGCAAACCUCCCCGCGGAUGGGUGGUGAACCCAGCGCUCGGGCUUGCUGAUUGCGUCAACGUGCGCAAACUGACCGUUUUUGUCGAGUGCGAUCCCAGUGAUGGCAUCUUCAACGGCUUCCGUCGUCACGAUGGAUAUUACGAAGGCUUCAGCACCAGCCUUCUCAGCAGCGUUUUGGAUGAGAUGCCAUUUAUCGACUGCUUGACUUUUGACGCCUGGUCAAGCGUCAAGAAAUCGGGCGCCAUGAUGCGUGCUCUGCUAGAACUUGCAUAUGCACGGGGCUUGUCAGUUCGCUGGGGUCCUGAAAGGGGUUGGGCCGACUUUGAAGACGAGGUGGAGGCUGUCCCCGAAGGCCAUGUUGCUAAUAAUGCUAUGUUGAGCCAGGCUCCGCUUGGGAUUGGGGUUGCGGUUGUGGCUUGA